AUGAGUGGGAUGGUGGGGACGCCAUACUACGUGGCGCCAGAGGUGUUGUCGGGGAGGGAGUACGACAAGAAGGUGGAUGUGUGGAGUGCUGGGGUGGUUUUGUACGUGAUGUUGUCUGGGUUCGUGCCGUUUUACGGGGAGACGACGGGGGAGACAUUUGAGAAGGUGGUGAGGGGGAACUUGAGGUUUCUGAUGAGGGUUUUCCGAGCGGUGUCCGGGGAAGCGAAGGAUCUGUUGAGGAAGAUGAUUUGCAAGGAUGUUUGCAGAAGGUUGUCUCUGCUGAGCAGCAAUGAGAAUCUGCAAGAAUCUGAGUUGUGGUUAUGGAGUCUUGAGGACUUGAUCAGGCUGGCCGGCGGGUGCUCCUGGUCAUUUAUAAGAUCCGAAGUGGCGGCAUCUUGGUGGCCAUCAAUGGAGUUCGACAUCUCGCGAGGUGGGGUUUGUGGCGGAACUGGUGGUGGUGGUGGGUUUCAGGUGGUGGCGACUGCACUCACUAUGUUCUGUAAUGGCGGUGCUCCUCCUCGUUUUGUAAACAGGGGCACAGCGGAGAAUGCUAACAGGCGUCCAAGACGUGAACCAAGCUACGUCCGGACAGCUGAGAUUAAUAGGGUUUUGAAGUAUUUAGGUGAAUCGGGCACCUCAACAGCUGGUCGGGGCCGGAACGCUGACGUGCUUUUGGGGUACGAUCCCUCGUACAGAGUCCCUAUUUCAGAAGGCGUUCCGUUACCUCGGGUGAGAGUUCGAAGACCCUUACUGAGUCAGGCUGCCUCUCAAUCACGGUCCGAACAACCAUCUCCCAGCCGUGUAACCAGCCAAUCCUCCUCUUAA